CUUAAAAAUAUAAAUAAUAAGUAAUAAGUAUUUAAAUAUUUAAUAUAUAAGUAAUUAAUAAGUGUUGACAAUUUGAAAAUAUUUAUAUUAAUGGUGCCGGCUGUUGAGUUUAAUAUUUUAUGUAAUUUUAUGUAUCAACUUCAUAAAUUAUUGAGUAUCUGUGUUUUAUAAUGGUAAAAAUAACGUUUUGUAAAAGCUGGUCAUUCCUGAAAACAUUUACAAGAAACCACAGUUCAAAAGAAUGGCUAUUACGACAAAAAACUGAUCCAUAUGUAGAAAAAGCCAAAAUAAAAAGCUAUAGGUGUCGAAGUGCAUUCAAACUAUUGCAAAUGGAUGAUAGAUUUUCUAUAUUGAAACCAGGCCUAUGUGUAAUUGAUAUUGGUGCAGCUCCGGGUAGCUGGUCACAAGUAGCUGCAUCUAGAAUUAAUUCAAAUGCUACUAAUAGUGAAAUUCCAACUGGCUUACUGAUUGGUAUUGAUCUUCAACAAAUGUAUCCAAUAGAAGGAGUAACAUUAUUAGGAAAUUCUGAUUUCACAUCUCCUAAAACUUGGCAAAAGAUAAAAGAAUUAUUAAAUAACCGUCCUAUAGAUGUUGUUUUAAGUGAUAUGGCACCUAACGCUUCAGGAGUGAAACAUUUAGACCAUGAUUUAAUCAUAAAAUUAGCGUAUUCAGUAGUUAAAUUUGCUGUUUUAAACUCAAAUGUUGGUGCAACAUGUUUAAUUAAAAUACUGGACGGUAAUCAAAAUGCAAAGAUUGAAAAUACUUUGAUAAAAUUUUAUUCAAAUGUCAAAUUUGUAAAACCUGAAGCUAGUCGAUCAGAUUCAGCUGAAAAAUAUCUACUUGCCCGUGGGUUUAAAGGACUUAAACAAAGUUAAUUUCAAUAUUGUUAUAAAUGUGUAAAUAAUAUAAUAUAAUAGUUAUGUAUUUAUUUAUGUAAUGUAUUUCCUUAAAAAAAAAUGUUUUAUAAUACAUUUUUUAAAAGGUGCACCCCAUGCAUAUGUUGCUCCGUAUUACAAACUUAAAAUAUAAAUAA